AUGGCGGAAGCCACACCGAGGUCGGCGUCCAACACAUCAUGGCCUCCAAUACACUCUUCAGUCAAAGACAAGCUCGACCCAGCAUUUGUCACACUGUACAACAACGAUGUCAUCCCAAAUGCACCAGCCCCAUCUCAAGACAUACAUAUCAUACGAAAGAACUUCAGGUUGCUAUUUCGCGGUAGCGCUCCAGAUGGACAAGAGCCAAAGUACAACAUGCAAGGUCGCGCUCCUCAGAUCAAAGCAUAUGCAACAGAUUGGGUACCUGAGUGGGAGGGCUAUCCCGGCUCGAGUCCAGAAAUCCUGGAGAAGGAGCACCGUUGCGGCGACAUCGAGAUCAAAGUCUUCAAGCCAUAUCUAGCCCGAGACGACCACCUACCAACUCCCGUCCACUUCACAUUCCAUUCCGGUGCUUUCGUCGCCGGCGAUGUCUUGACAGACUACCACAGCGACUACACCAUCUGCGCUGGCGCAGAAUGCACCGUCAUCAACAUCGGCUACCGUCUCGCUCACGACACCCCCUUUGGCGUCGGCAUCAUGGAUGCUCUGCGCGCCGUGCAAUGGAUCCUUGCUUACCACGACGCCUAUUCGAUUCAGCCCGACAACUUCACCCUCGGUGGCGUCAAUGCAGGCGGCACAAUCGCUUUGCUUCUCGCUCACUUACUCCGUGACGCCGAUACUCCAGGCCUCAAAGGCGUCGUGGUCGGCACACCUCUAAUCAGCGAUGUCCGCAAAUUGACCCACCCCGAAAUGAGUCCCUACCCCAGCAUGUCCGACUUCCAACACGCGCCCAUGCUCGACUGGCAGCGCAUGAAGCUGCUUGACGUCUUCAAGUCCACAAAGACGAACCCCUCACGCGACCUGAACCGAUGCCUCCCAUGGUUUCUGGAUCUCAUGAAGGCGCCAAACCUCAAGAACGUCGCACCGCUGACGUUCAUCGGCACGGCGGAGAUCGAUCCUAGAUGUGAUGAGGCGGAAGAGUAUGCGAAUUAUCUGAGAAGUGAAGGGAACGAUGUGCGAUUGAAGCGAUACCCGGGCGUGCCGCAUCAGUUCAUGUACUUCCCAGAACGACUGCAGCAGGCGCGGGAUUACCUCAGGGAUGUGACGGAAUGUGUAAAGGAGUGUCAGGCGAGGAAGAACGACGUGAGCCACGCGUCGAUGCAACAAGCCGGUCAGCGGAAAGCAGCACAGAGUGUAGGCAAUCCUGUGCUCAUGAGCAACCACCAUCAGGUUGACAAUCCGGACGCCAUGGUGCUGGACACCGGAUUGGUGCUGCCAAGCUAG